AUGGGUAGCGGAGUUACUACAUUACAGGACAAUGUUACUUUUCAAUUCGACAAAAAAUAUAGUACGAUUUACAAAACAAGUGAAACGGUAUCAGGCAAAGUUAAAUUUCAAAAUGAUGGACAAAUCGAGUUAAAACUGAAGAAUAUCAUGAUUGAAAUAGCUGGCGAAAUAGUUUAUUAUACUCUCCGUGGGCCUAAUUUAGCGAAAUCGUCAGAUAUUCAUGUUCGUCCGUUUUUUAACGAACAACACAUUCUACGAUCUGGUGAUGCUCAAAGCAGCUUUCUUCUCGAACAAGGUGAGCACAUAUGGCCAUUUUCCUUCUGUCUUCCGGAUAAUCUGCCAUCAACAUUGGCACAAUCACGUAUCAAAGGUCCUUCUAUUCGAUAUGUUGUUCGUGUACAUUUUGUUCCAUCUGAUUGGCUUAAGAGACGCAUUCAGAAAGCGUCAUUUAUACUUGUGCAAUAUCAUUCAUCGCCAAUGUUAUCAAAUGAAAUUCGUAAUGAAAGCCAAAACAGCAAAAAUAUCGAUUUACAAGCAACCCUCCAUGAAGACUUUGUCACUCCCGGUGAAAAAUGUCCAUUAACCGUCAAUAUAAACAAUCCCAAUCGAGUAACAAUUACUCGACUGUCAAUGACUCUCAUUCAGUAUCAAAAUCUAGGAGCCGCAGGAGAAGAUGAAGUAACUGUUAUCAAAAAAGACUUGAAUGGUAUUGAUAAUUUUCAAGGUGAUAAAUGGCAGAAUGAAUUCCAAAUUCAAAUACCUGAACGAAUCGUUUCUUCAUAUACAGGUAUACCUUCGCAAUGGUCAUCUAGAAAACCGUUAGUCAUACGUUAUGAGCUUUGCCUUGAAGCUCACUGUACUGGCCUAUUUACAAAUGUCUGUGUGCGACUUCCUUUUGCUGUAGGUCAUCAGAAGCAGAAAAAAGUGGAUGAAGAUCCAUUUCCACCUAAAUACGAUAAGCUUUUCCUUGUUUAA